AAACCAAAACAGAAAAAAAAAAGAUCACCAGCAAUUUCAUUCCAUCAUAAUGGCCGCCUCAGCGAUGGUGUUGGAUCCGCCGCCCUUCCUCCCGUCGACAAAGUCCGCCUACCUCCAAGGCGGCGACGCCACGGCCUUCGAUGAGGAAGAUCUCUACAGCCGCCUCAAAUCCCUAGUGCGUCAGCUCGAGUUCGUCGACAUCCAGGAGGAGUAUGUGAAGGACGAACUGAAGAAUCUCAGGCGCGAGCUCCUCCGCGCGAUGGAGGAGGUGAAGCGGAUCCAGUCGGUGCCGCUCGUCAUAGGCCAGUUCAUGGAGAUGAUCGACCAGAACAACGGCAUCGUUGGAUCCACCGCAGGAUCCAACUACUACGUCAGAAUCCUCAGCACUAUCAACCGCGAAUUGCUCAAGCCUUCUGCUUCCGUCGCGCUCCACCGCCACUCCAACGCGCUCGUCGAGGUGCUGCCGCCGGAGGCCGACUCCAGCAUCUCGCUCCUCAGCCAGUCCGAGAAGCCUGACGUCACUUAUAAUGACAUUGGAGGAUGUGAUAUCCAGAAACAGGAAAUCCGUGAGGCUGUGGAGCUACCCCUUACACAUCAUGAACUAUACAAACAAAUUGGUAUUGAUCCUCCUCGUGGUGUUUUACUGUAUGGACCCCCUGGCACUGGCAAAACAAUGCUUGCCAAAGCUGUUGCUAAUCAUACCACUGCCGCCUUCAUCAGGGUUGUAGGAUCUGAGUUUGUGCAAAAGUAUCUUGGUGAGGGUCCACGAAUGGUUCGUGAUGUAUUUCGUCUCGCUAAAGAGAAUGCGCCUGCUAUUAUAUUUAUUGAUGAGGUUGAUGCAAUAGCCACUGCUAGAUUUGAUGCCCAAACUGGAGCUGAUAGAGAAGUACAGCGUAUCCUUAUGGAACUUUUGAAUCAGAUGGAUGGUUUUGACCAAACAGUUAAUGUUAAAGUUAUUAUGGCAACUAACAGAGCAGACACUUUGGACCCUGCUCUGUUGCGUCCUGGAAGGCUUGAUCGUAAAAUUGAGUUCCCUUUGCCUGAUAGACGUCAAAAGAGGCUUGUAUUUCAGGUUUGCACAGCCAAGAUGAACUUGAGUGAUGAGGUAGAUCUGGAGGAUUAUGUUUCUCGCCCUGACAAAAUCAGUGCUGCUGAGAUAUCAGCUAUUUGUCAAGAAGCUGGAAUGCAUGCUGUUCGCAAGAAUAGAUAUGUCAUACUGCCAAAGGACUUCGAGAAGGGUUAUAGGACAAACGUGAAGAAGCCUGAUACUAACUUCGAAUUUUACAAGUGAAUUUGUACGCAUGUUGAUAAGUUUUCUUAAAUAUUACACACAAUUUAUUAAGCUUAUACGCUAUACCCAAUAAGGAGGUUAAGGAGGUUGAGUUGUGUUUUACGAAAUUUUUUGCGAUUUUUUUUCGUAAA